AUGUAUGAUAAGUCUGAAAAAAAUAUAAAUAUAAAACUUAAUAAUAAAAACGAAUCUGGAUUUAAUAAAAAUUGCAAAGUCCUUGAUAAUAAACCACAGCUAAUUAUAAAUGUGAAAACCGAAUGUAAUUUAAAGAAUGAAAAUAUGAAUGAUAUUAGUCAACCUAAAAAACCAUUCGGGAUUAGAUUCAGAAGUAGAAGUGAUGCACCUUUUAGUAGGAAAAUAAUUAAAGAUAAUUUUGAUAAGGACAAUUAUCAAAGCCAUCAUAUAGAUAGUAAUGAUAUGAAAAUAUGUGAAGAAGAGAAUGAAACAAAACAAUCUAAUAUAAAAAGACAUAGUGUUGGUAUUAAUUUAUAUACAUCUAAUAAUAAUAAUAAUAAUAAUAAUAAUAAUAAUAACAAUAUUCAUAAUAAACCUUUUAAUAAAUUUGAGAAAAAAAAAGUUUUAGGAUACAAUUAUUUUACAAAUAGACAGAAGAAAAUAUUAAAUCAAGAUGAUAAUAACAUUAUUAAAAAUGUACCUAUAAGUAUAUAUGUAGGUACGUGGAAUUGUGAAUAUUUCGAUUUCUCUAAAGAAUAUGAUUCUGAUAAAAAAAGAUAUUCUGUAAAUUAUUUAAAUAAGAAUACACAAAAUGAUAUUUACUCUAUGAAAUUAAAUGAAAGGUUUUCUUUACGUUCUUUAACACCUUUAGUGUGUAUGGAAUCUGGUGAUAAAAUUAUUCAAGAAAAAGAAUUACAUACAAAUAAUAAAAAUCAAAUUAUAUCUCUCAAUAAUAAUAAUAAUAAUAUCUCUUCAAAUAAUACUCAAAAAUAUUACAUUCAUCAUAAUCAAAAAAAAGAAAUUAAUAAUUUAUCUUGUACUAACACAUCUGAUGCGAAAUCCAAUUCUAACGAUCUUAAUUUUUAUGAUAUUUGUAAAAUAAGCAACAAUAAAAAUAUAGAUAAUUAUAAUAAUACAAAUAAUAAUAUAAAUGAUAUGAUAUCUAAAAAGAUGGAUAAAUAUUCUUUAAAUAACCAAAAUUUUAAGGAAAUAAAUUCAACAAAAAAUGAUAAAAGUAAACUUGAUAAUAUCAAAACAAAAGAAUACAAUGUGUUGCAAGUGCCAAAAAAUUACAGCGACGAGCAAUUCAGUGAAGCCUCCUCAAACGAAUCUACACAGUUAUCAAAUAAUUGUACAGGAAAUAUAAAAAAUGAAAAAGCUGAAAAAUUUUGUAAUAUAACAAAUAUAAAAAAAAAAUUUUUUCAAACAUGUAAACCUACAGAUACAUUGAUAUUUUCUCACUGGAUACAACCAUAUUAUGAUAUAUAUGUUAUAUGUUUACAAGAAUCCAUAUCUGAUAAUAUAAUAAACUGCCUAUCUAUGUAUUUAAAAGAAAUAAAUCAAGAAACCUAUUUAUUUUUACCAUUAGCAGACUACAAAUUAUCUGGAUAUGGCGAUGGAGCUUUUUUACAAAUGAAAUCAACAACUAUAGCUGCAUGGGUAAGGAAAUCAAAAUUACAUCCAAGAGGACCUGUCAAAUUAUGUGCAUCAAAAUCUAUAGCUUUUAAUAAAUUAAAUAAUAGUAAAGGUUGUGUCUCCAUUUUAUUAAAUAUAUUCAAUCAAUUUGUUUUAUUCAUUGGCUGUCAUAUGCCAGCAAAGGAUCAAGAAAUUAGACAAAAAUCAAGAGAAUUUAUAUUAACCAAACUAAGUGAAUAUUUCAGUAAUAAAAGCACUUCAAAUUUUAAGGAUGUUUUUCAUCAUGUUAUUUGGAUGGGAGAUUUUAAUUUCAGAGUCCAUGGAAUACAUAUAGAAAAGGUAAUUCAUUAUUUAAAAACGGAUAAUCUCAAAGAGUUACUUAAGCAUGAUGAAGGACAUUCGGCAUAUUCUUAUGAUUUGUCUAUAAGUUUUCAAGAGUUACCUAUUAACUUUCUACCAACAUAUAAAAAAAAUGGAAACAGACCAAUCAUUAAUAGGAGUGACAAUGAAUGGGUUCAGAAGGAAUACAAACUAAUACACAAUAUAAAAUGGUACAAAGGUGGAAAGCAGGAAGCUCGAAUACCAUCUUGGACAGAUCGCAUUUUUAAAUGGUCAUGUGAGAAGACAAAAAAUUGUUUGGUGUUUGUUCCUAAUUCUUAUCUAUCACCAAUACCUGAAGAAAAAAGUAUAAUAAUGUCUAGUGACCACAAUCCAGUUUCCUGUUGUUUUCAGAUGUUUAAAAUGAAAAAUGAUGAGGAUAUACCAUUAACAAAAAGCGUAUGGAAAUUUUAA